UUCCCCUAAAAUGGAGGAAGUGAAGUGCACGCUGUAGUGCCCUACUCUGUGUGCACUCUGCUCUCCUCCUCCUGCCGCCUACCAGCCGCUAGCAAGUUCGCCUCACGCUUCCUCCUUCGCUUUCGUCCUUUUCUCCUCAAACUCCACAUCGCGCCGCUGCUGAAAGCUGCCCAGAGCUGCUGAGGACCCCGGCAGGGGAAGAGGGAAACUCGGCAGAAGGGACCGAGUGAAGAAGAAGAAGAAGCGUCGCGGACUGGAUAGAAAUGGGUCGCUUAUUUGCGUAGAGUUUGUUUUAAACCGAGCAACAAUAUUCAGCACUUUUUUUAAAAAUUAUUUUUCCCCUCCUGAGCAAAACAAGAGGUUUGUCCAGGACAGACAGGUUGUGCUUCAGAGGAACUAAAGGAGACCGUGGAGGGCUACGAUGAGAAGAAGAGACACAGGACACACAGGAGGGACAAGAAUGCGACUCAAGUAGAACGCACUGGACGCGCAUCACCACAAAGUGCCUGGAUGUGCUGGAUGCUGCAGCAGCCUCGUGCCAGCGCAUGCUUUUUUCCCACGCUACUGUUCCCCACAGACCUGACUGCUUGCCUGUGUAAGUGUAUCUGCGAUCGGGCUUGGCCUUGACGCGGGCCGUGUUUCGCUCUGACAGGCAAACAGUCAAUCGGCCCAUUUGCUGUUCCUCGAUCCCAAGCCAGCUCGACCCCCACCUCGCUCGCAGAAUCAUCCUGUUAAUACAAGGACAGUCGAUUAGUUUCUUCUUUUGUACCCAACACACUUCACUUUAGUCACAAAGCCUUUUCUUCAUCUUCUGUUUUCUGGAAAUGUGAGCAUCUUUAGAAAACGUUUCUGUUGCCGCAGCAGGACGGAGGCCUUUAGGAAUCCGAGGGUGGGGAAAAGUGGAUAAAGUCAUUUUAUGUAGUGAAGAGGGUGGUUUUAUGAGACGGGACGGCCACUGCAGCCCAGAUGAUCGCGCCUGUCUGCACUUUUAGUGCCUCGGUCUGAGUGAAACAGUCAAGAAGCCAUUGCAGCAUGCCUGAGUGACCUGCUCUGCCUCAGCAUCCUUCUCCUGGACACGCCUGCCUUUUGCUCUACUCUCCAGCUCCUAUGGAAGACACAGAGUCGUAGAUUCUUCAUUGUUGUUUUUAACAGUUUUUGCCAUUUCUGUCUGAACAUUAGAGCAUGUCCCAUUGCUUUUACCAGAGACUGAGUGUUUUUUGUGCUGUGGCACAGUGAUUUUUUUUUUUUUUGGUCCUGCUACGUGCGCUUUUGACCUUCUUACCCCCAAACGACCUUUAACUCGACCUUAACCGCCCACUCAUUAUGGCAGUCAACGUUGCUGUAGGCCGGGACACCAAGUGGCUGACGCUAGAGGUGUGUCGCGAGUUCCAGAGAGGCUCCUGCUCGCGUUCUGACACCGAGUGCAAGUUUGCACACCCCUCUCGCACCUGCCAUGUGGAGAACGGCCGCGUCAUUGCCUGCUUCGACUCUCUCAAGGGCCGCUGCACACGUGAUAACUGUAAGUACCUGCACCCGCCGCCACACCUGAAGACCCAGCUAGAAAUCAAUGGACGGAACAACCUGAUCCAGCAGAAGGCAGCAGCUGCCAUGUUGGCUCAGCAAGUGCAGUUCAUGCUGCCUGGAACUCAGCUACAGCCCAUAACCACAUUUCCAGUAUCUCCCUCCUUGGCCACCAGUCAGAGUAUGGCAUUAAAUCCAUACAUGGGCCACAUGAGCCCUGGCAUCGGCCUCAUGCCCGAGCUGCUGCCCAGCACCCCCGUGCUGGUCCCGGGGAGCCCCACAGGCAUCACUGUGGGCAACAGCAACUCUGCUCAGAAGCAUGUUCGCACAGACAAGCUUGAGGUGUGCCGUGAGUUUCAGCGGGGCAACUGCACACGAGGAGAGAACGAGUGCCGCUACGCUCACCCAGUAGAAGCAGGCAUGGUGGACGGCAGUGAGAACUCUGUCAUCGUAUGCAUGGACUACGUCAAAGGCCGUUGUUCACGCGACAAGUGCAAGUACUUCCACCCACCGGCACACCUGCAGGCCAGGAUUAAAGCAGUGCAGCAACAACAGGCCAGCCAGAGCGCAGCUGCUACAGCAGCAGCAGCCAUGCCUGCAGCGCGUCCUCUGAAGCGCAGCCUUCAGUCAACCCCUGACCUGGCCCUGCCUCCAGGCAGCAUGCAACAGCUACCAAAGAGGCCCACCUUGGAGAAGAGCAACGGCGCUACGGCCAUCUUCAACCCCAGCAUGUUCCACUACCAGCAGGCUCUGGCCAGCAUGCAGCUACAGCAGCCGACCUUCAUCCCCACAGGGCUUUUCAAACCGCCCGGCCCACUGGCAGAGGGCCGCUGGGAGAGGCGGGAUUGGAGCAGCUGCCGGCCCCCCCACAGCCGCUACCUAUCAGGGCCUGGACAGACUGUAGACCCCGCCGAGGUACUGACUGCUGACCCUGUCGACCUCCACUGCAUUCCUGUGGAAACGCACCUCUGUCCAAUCCCCAAACUGCUGGUGGCGGCACCGGUGAACCUGAACUCAGUAAGCCUCGGCCGCAAUCUCAGUUAACACGCCACUAUCGCCAUCCCCCAAAUCCAGCCAGACCAUAGAGACAUGAAUGCAACAAACGUGUGCCUAAUCAGUGCGUCCUGCAAGGACAACCCUUUCAUCCUCUUAUUUGAUGCCCCAUAUUAACAAAAAAAAAAAAAGGUUGUUGAUGCUAAAACAGGCAAUAUUUAAGCUAGGACCUUCAACUGUUUAAGGAAGUGUGCCAUGAUGCAAGGAGACUUAAGAAGCAUGAAGAUGCUGAAUCUGAGCACUCCUUUGAAUUCACAGCCAUACAAGUACACAGAUUUGUAGACACACACACACACACACACACACACACAAAGUUGAGAACAGUGCAUCCUCCUCAGUUGAGGGAGUGAGGUCUCAGACCCGGUUUAAUCCAGUAGGAGUAUUGAAGCUGAGGCUUGAAGUCACCGGACAGCAAACAUGAUUCUGCGAAAGUUUGUGUAGCAAACACACGAGUGUAACGUGCACAGGGCUUGGCUCAGAGCAUGGGCAUGUAUGAGAGCUUUUUUGAAAGCGCUUUUUAACCUUUUCUUUUAAUUGUUUCUACAUUUCACAUGGGUUUUUCUUUGAGUUGCAGACAUUUACUGUCCAUAAAACGUCUUCGUCAGAAGAUUGCUGAUGUCCAUUAGAUGUCCCUGACCUAGAAUUCACACCAGACGCAGCACUUAAGCAACAUGUCUGUAUAACCCAAGUGUGCACGUCUAGUCCACAGCACAAUACUGCACUUUAUUCUUAACAAGGAAACGAAUACCUAUACAUACGACAGUGUCAACGGGACUUGGAGAAGAGGGCCACCUGUAAUUACGUCACAGUUCAUUUAAAAAUAUGACGUUAGACAGCAGGACCGUGAUUAGCAUUUUUGUGUUUGUUGUGGUUGGCGUACCAUUGCUAUACAGACCUUGUGUAGGCCGCACAGUCACAACACUGUUAUAGAUGAUAUUUAAUAUGCUUCACAGCAUAGAGCGAGCAAACAAGUAAAAAGAAAUGGAAGUCAACAUAAGACACGCAACUAAAAUGUUUUAGAAAUGCAUUUGAUGCGAAUUGGCCUUGUUACUCGAACCUCUGACCUAUCUCUUAUCACAUGCUAAAACAAAGGGCAGCAUACAUGUAUACCAUUUUUUUUAAAAGCAAGCAUGUCAUUCCUAUUCUAUGUACCGGUCCACUUUUUCUACCAUUAGUGAGUAGUGGAAGGGUAAUGCCUUAUGUAAGCCUAAUCCUAACAAGCUGCAGUUGGUUAACUAGAGGAAGUGUAAUUUUUUUUUUUUCCAUGCCAGGAUUUGUUUACAUGAACCAUUCAGACUGAGGUUAAGUAGAUUCCUGUGCGAAUACCUCCAUUUUCUUAACGCAAUCCGCCUUAAGCAGAAAUCUGUGUACCCGCAUGUCUUAUUGUGCAUGAUGUACACUAAUCUGCAGGGUCUGAUUACAGCCCUAAAGCCAGCGCUGCACAGGAGGUCUGAUAGAUGACUAGCUCAGGAUGAGUCUGAUCGCCAUGCUGUGAUAGGCAGUGCCAGCACAGCAGCUGUGGCCGUCGAUUGGAGCAACGCCAUUUCAAAGCCCAACUGUUUCUCUGUAGUCAGCCACGUCAGAGCACAUUACUCAUCUCCUGUAACCGAGCGGGGUUUUUUUUUCUUUUCUCCUUUCCGUAAUAAUGCUGAACUGUAAGUUUGACUUGGUUUAUCAGAGACAUUGGGCUAUCUUAGGGACUGUCACCAUCUCUGCUUUUGUCUAUCCUUAUAGCAUAGACGGUCCCUGCCAAAAUCCAUGGUUCUGUCCCUCCUACUGUGUGACAGUCUGUUUGUCUGUGCUUAUUGCUUAGCCUGGUUUGUUACAUCACACAAUAACACAAGAUCUUGGAACCGUCCUUGCUGUGAUAUUCGCAGUAUGACACCAACCAAAGCUACACUUCUAGAGUUUCAUAGAACGAGUUUUGCCCCCUCCUUUAUUCGGAGCCAAUGUAAGGUGCAAAAGUCAUUAAGAACACAUUGAAUGUAGUGGAACACUCCCAAAAUAAAUGAUAGUGAGGGGAAUUGGAGAGAAGUAAAUAAUACAGGGUCCACGCGCACAGAAUAGAUAUUUAUGGAAAUCUUACUGUCCUGUUAAAUUACUAACGGCAGCAGUACACUUUAACAAGUGUACUGCUUUAUGUGCCAAUAACUCCCAGAGCUGGGUCACAUUGUGCCAAUCACUGGGGGGGGGAAGGAGUAGAGUUAUUACAUGCCAAGGCCAAAAUCAGACUGAUUGAAUGUUUUAUGUUGUUAUUUUCCCUACAGCUAAUGCAAUCAUUAAUGCCGUGCUUUCAUUCAGGCUUUCAAGCUUUCCUAAUUCACCUCAUACUGCUGUACCCUAUGACUGGAGCUCCUGUAGCUUAUUUACAAUGUGUGGACUAAAGGCCGUUACUGAGCCGGUCUACAGAGCAAGCUUUAAUUGGAGUAGAUGCUUGUUUUGAAAGAACAAAUACAGUGACGUAAGGUCAGCAUCAACCGAGGCCUGUAACAUUUUUUGUAAUAGUAGUCCGUGCGUGUACCUUCAUCAUUUUUUUUUUCUUCCAAUUAUGCAGCUCACUGAUUUAAUCAGGAUUAAGUUGCUGUGUUUUUGAAACGUUUCAUUUUAAUCCAGCUUGCAGAUUCUGACCACUUAUUGUGUCCUUAUGUUCAAAAGUCGGAAGACUCUAAAAACCCAGGGCAAAGCUGAGUGUCAGCCAUACAAGCGGUUCGUUUUCACAUAGUGCUAAAAGCAGUAAUACUGCAGGAGAAAAGUGCCGAGGUGUAGAGGCGGGGGAUCAGCUUGUAGCCAGGGUACUGGUGAACCUCAUUUACAAAACGUUGCCAGGAAAGGGCCUUAUAUACAUUUGAAUGUGACAUUUAGGACAAAGAAGAAUGUCGUUAAAGCUUGAGGAUGCCUGUCUCAUCUUUUUCCUCCACAACAUAUUUCAACAUAUCAAGGGAGUACAAUUCUCCCAAUGCCAUUCACUGUUGAUGUACUAUAAACAAGAUUCUAACUAAGAGACUUGUCGAGGACCUUUUCAAGUUGUUGCCGUCAUCGUUACAUGAAACAGCUGUGCUGUUUUGUCCAGAUAGCCACACUGAGGAGCAAAUUUCAAUGGUCAAACACUGCACCGGUUUAAAAAACAAAAAAAAACCCAGAGGAUCUCUUUGGGAAUGGUGUAUUUUUGUUUCGAGGAAACUCUCCAGGCCAAACACUCAAAGCCUGUUUUCUAAACAUUAAAUUGAGGUUAACCCAAGACAAAAACGGAUUGUCAAUUUUAGUGCUCACUGACGGCUUCAUUUAGUCUUUCAACAUCUUCAAGCCUUCUGGCCCAAAAGAAUGUUAUGCUUUUACACUGAUCUAAAGUAACUAAAUAAGCGUGAAGUGCUCAAGUUCAAUAGAGUAAACUGAGGUCAAAUGCAAAAUCAACAAGACAAUAUACUGUGUUAUUGGAGUUUCUGUGUCGUACACAAUUUAUAAAAUGUUAAGGUGUGGGUGUGUAAAUGUUGGACGUUAAAUUGUUUAGGAGUGUACUAAGCUGUUGAUUUAUAUAAUGGAUUAUUUCUUGUAGUUGGGUGAGUCUCAUUGCCUAGCCAAGGUAUAGAUCGAUAUCUCUCUCUCUUCUCUUCUCUCCUCUCCUCUCAUAUCAAGAGUUAUGCCUUCUCCAACUGCUAUCCAGCUGGAAUUAACAAAAUACUUGAUUAAGGAAAAAAACAUGCCUCAUUUGGGGCUUUAGCAUUUUAAGAACACUUACUUUUUAAGAAGUGUGUAUUCAUGUGUAAUGUAGUUAAAUAAUCAUAUGUACAUAUUACUAGUGCAUCCUAGCUAUAGUUUUGUCACCAUUACGGUCAUGUGACCUUAAUGUCGGGGUUUUUUUUUUUAAACGGUACUUAUUUUAGCUGUAUUUCCACGUGUUAAGUAAAUUUAUUGUGAGGUUUUACAUUUUGAAAAUGAACGUUUUAGUUACCUUGAUCAUUAAUGAUUUCUUAUCAGUUACUUAUUCUAUAGCAUAAACACUCAUUGCAUGAAAUGGAAAUUAUCUGAAUAAUCUGAUACAUAGUUUGUGUAGUUAGUAGUAAAUAAGAAAUAUCUCUCUAUAUAAAUAUUAAUCUAUAUACACAUUUGUAUUACAAUGAUCAAUUCAUUGUAACUUGAUAGUAAGUUGUUGUUGCUAUGGCAACAAAACUACAACAUGGCUACCUUUGUGAAUCUUAAUUGUGAAUUUUUUUCACACUUCAAUUGAAUUAAUGUACAAGGUUAACUUAUUCUGAAAGGGAAUGUGUAGAUAUCUUACCUUGGGUUAAGAAACGAUGCCUAUUUUGUACAAAAAAAAAAAAAAAGAUUCCUUAAGUCCAAAGUCCAUUUGGAGAUGUCAUGUUUUUGUUUUUUAUGAUUUCUUAUUUUUCUAAGGGGAUAGCUGUCUGCUUGUGAUAGGAGUCAGUGUUUGAGCUUUAGAAUGGACCUGGUGGAUCAUUAGAGAAAAGCUCAAUAACCUUUGAUUGAGAGAUUCUGGUGCAAAUUUUUUUUUUCCUUUUUUUUUAAGGGCUGUUUCUAUCUUGCAGAUGGACUCGUUUUGUUGACGAGUGCUUGAAUCUUUAACUCGAUGAUGUCAGGAGCAGAACGAGAUGUAGGGCGUAGUAAGCUAGAACUUGAACCUCCUGGUAAUGUCUCAUUUCUCUCCCUGUGCUCUCUAGCCAGCCUUUAGCCCAGCUGUGCUGGGACCAGCUGUGCCCCCAUCAGUGUACGAAUGUGUGUCCUUCACCUCGUUUGCACUUAUGUACAUAAAUGAGUGAAAAUAUUCAGAAUUUAUUUUGAAUAUGCAUAGAUAUACAAAUUAUAUAGACAUAUAUAUAUUGAAAAACCUGUUCAAAUAAAAUGACUGUAUUGUUCGUAAUACAGGUAAACAUCUGUCCUUCUACUAGGUUGUUCAAGAAAUGUGAGGGAUUUGUUGUAUGUUCUUUUUGCUAAUGCCCUUGUUCUCACCAUGAGCAUGUUGCUUGCUGAUUAAAAAAAAAAAAAAAUAGAUGAAAAGAUGCUUUAUAGUUUGUCAUAGUUUACAAAAAUAAGCAUAUUACACAGAGCACGGAGGCUGUUUAUAUCUGAUCCUAAUCUGUGUUGGUGGUGUUUGGCAAGAAGCAUGGCCCCUAAAAUUGUAUGCAGGUGAUGCGCUGCAUCCAGGAAACCAAAGAAUAAAUAGCUUGCUGGUCUUUCUGUUUAUUACUCGUUUUAUUAUUUGUUGUGAAUUAGCUAUUUAGUGUCACAAGAUUAUUAUUAUUAUUGUGUGUGUUCAAGGCUCUUAAGAGCUGAAAAGAAACUGGAUUCAAAAUGGAUCUGCUUGGGAUUUUAGUUCAUGUAAUGUCUGUACUGGUGAUGUUCUGCCCCCUGCAGAUGGCAAACAGUAUAAUAGGCAGCGAAACCCUUGUUCCUGCCUGUAAAGAGGGUUGAGCAUCAUCCAAAUACGGGACACACCACCAACAAUCAGGGUCAGAUUACAGCAGGAAAGCAUUGCAACUGUUUAUAUAAGGAGUAUAAGUUACAUUUCUGUAUUUGGUUUCCUCUCAGUUUUCAAACACUCACACAUUCCCAAAAACUGAUCAAUAAUUCUCAAUAUCCGUGUAUUUCCUCAAGACAAAAUCCUGUUAACACAGUGAAACCUGGAGAUAUCUUGUACAUUCUGUGGCCUACAGUUGCUUUGGAAGCCAAGAAUUUUGUUGCCAUGGCACUUGUCCUAGUAGUGAGGGAGAGACCGAGUCUAUGUAGGUUCCUGCAUGUCGAUGCACCUUUGGACCACGUUCACAUGGUCCCAAACCUUGACUAUAAAGUGGACUCAGCACAGAGUUUGAUACCUUUAGUCUUGAUUUCCAGAACAUGCUGAAAAUGAAUGCAAUCAAAAGGACACUUUUGACCACUGUGCUUAUUGGAGGAGGGGAGGGGGGGAAACAACAACUAACACCCAUCUGCUGUCCACCUUACUGUGCCUGGACAUUCUAUGAAGACAGUGCUAUUUUCCUUUGCCUGUUAUUUCAUUUUUAACCAAGAGACUCCAUCACUCGUAUUUAAUCACGUCAUAUUUAAGUCUGUGUGGAAACUGAUGUUGAUGACCUUGAGAAAAAAGUGUGUAUAGAAUUUUCAUAUUUAUGUUGUAAAAUGCAAUGGAUGUAAAUGUAAAUGCAGUCUCUUGUUCGAGAUUCGAGGCUUUGUCCCUUUAAGGGCGUCAGUCAGGUGUAGUUUUAAACGCAGAAUAAGUGCUUUCUACCAGAAGCAGCUUAAAGAAUGUCCACCUUGUUUCGAAGCCAUAUGUUGUUGAUUCCUCUUUCCCCCACUGUAGGACAAGAUCUAUUUGAAUGCCCUGACUCUCUAUGUGAAAUGCUUCUCUUUCUAUUUAGCGUGUCGUGCUUGUAUGUGCUAAAACGUUGUGCUUAUUGCCAAUCUCUUUUAUGAUUAUAGUAAUGUAUAGAAAAUAUACAUGCUUAUAUGAUCUGUUCUUUUUGUUUGACAUUUUAAUAAAGCACUUAAAUGGAA